GUUCGGACAUGUUCUGAAUAGUUCGGUCGCUAUGGACGAGACAGUAUAUUGUUUGUUCUGAUGUGUGCGUCCUUGAUACUAAACCACACAGAAAGAAUGUAAAUGACUGAACAUGAUUCAAGUGGAUUUUGCUAGAAUAAAUAAGGCAGUUUGAGCUAUAGAUGUCGUGGACAAUUUAUUAUUGCAUCAUACAAUAACCUUCUGAUCGAGGUUGAGGACAAGUGUUGACACAUCAGCAUCUUACACACAUACAUCUAGAACAAAGUGGUCCUUCGAGCCGGAUGUUGAUAUCUUGUCCUCAUGGCAACAUCUCAAGAUUACGUGGAAGAACAGAGUCACCGUCCUAGCAGGAUCCGACGGAUUCCUGGACAUCUGGAGGACUUUAUACUUACUUCCCAGCCACGGCAGCAUAUAGUGUCAAACCCCUUUCAUGAUGAUGUGAAGUAUAUGCAUACUGAUGAAACUGUCCCUGCAUUAAAUGUGGCAUAUCACUCGGCAACACCUGAGAGGCUUCAGACAAGAUUAACUGAAACGGAAAGGCUGUGUAGAGUGGAGGAGAGUGUAUGGAAUGUACAGGGGCAAAUUAGGGAAUUGCAAAGCACAUUGGAAAUGUCUCUUGAGCAGCGCAAAGGUACACCACUUAUGCAUCAGGGUUUAUUUCAUCCCCAUGCCACAGGUGUUGGACAUCCACAAGCCGUCCCUCACUCAGGCAUCCAGAAGCAGCCCAUACUGCAACGUAGUGUUAGCUUGCCUCUUAUUGGUGCAGACAUUGAACAUAGUUCACCAACCCCUGUUGAAAUAACAAAGUACUCCACACCAUUAAUUCCUGCACGCUCAUCAAUCCCUGUCGUUUACCCGCAGCUACCUAGUCAGCAUUCAGGUCAGUUCUCACAGUUAAUACCUCAGGUGCAACAGUCAACGUCUCGUCCAGCAUCUGUCCCAGUCCAUAGGCAUCAUGUAGUGGAAUAUGAGCCACGACCAGAGUCUGCACCGGCAUAUCUGCCGAACCAGCAACAUGUUCCCUUACAGCCUAAUGGUAGUCAGCAGACAACAUCUCAGCCACAAAUGCUGUCUGCAAGACAACAAUUUGCAUCACCAAUUGUAUCGUCUACCUCUACAGUGUACCAACCGAUUGUAGGUCAGCAGCCAAUUUAUGCACCCACUGUAAACCCUGUGCAGUAUCAUACUGCACAUCCUAAUUUCUCACUAGCUGGGUUAACUCAUUCAUUGCCAGCAUAUGCUGUAGCACAACCUCAUGUACCCCAGUUCUCAGAUCCUCCUCCUCGACAGUCUGUACGGAUUUCAGACACAUAUUCACAGGGCUAUCAGCCUGUCAGACCACCAGAUGCAAUAUCUCAGCCCCAGAUGUAUUCUACACCAUACUCAUAUACUGCACUGCCAACAGCUCAAGUUCCUAACAUGGUGGAGAUGGCUAUUGCUUCCUCAUAUGGAAUACCUAAACCCAAGCUGAUCAACUUCACAUCUGGCAGAGAGAGUGAAUUUGCUUUGCUAAAAAAGGGACUUGAUAGCGUAUUAGGUCCUCAUAUGCAUCUGACAGAAGACUACAAAUACCAGGUGUUACUUGAUCAUCUAAAACUGCCCGCUGCCUUUCAAAUAGCAAAGAGGUACAUUUAUGAUCCCAUGCCAUAUACACGAGCCAUGCAAGCACUGCAACAGCGAUAUGGACAGCCUCGGCAAUUAGUGCAGGGAGAAAUUGGCAGUAUUUUGCGCACUCCUGCAAUAAAACCUGGCGAUGCCCAAGCCUUUGAAGACUUUGCUUUAUCAGUAAGUACUCUAGUUGGUCUUCUUAAUACAUUAGAGGGGUCUUCCAAGACUGAACUUAUGUGUGGAUCUCAUGUUGACAGAUUACUCACCAAGCUCCCAUCAUCAUACAGAGAUAGUUUCAUUGAACAUUGUCUGUCAAAGGGAAUUCUCCAGAAUGGGACUGAUAAAACAUAUACCCUACUUGAAUUUGCAGAGUGGCUUGAGAAAAAAUCACAAGCGCUUCAGAUAUCCAGGAAAACAGUUGAACUCUACAGCUCAGAAAGAACUCGUUAUGAGAAUAGAGAACAGAGAACUAUAAAGCCACCAAAGUUACAAUCUACAAUUUACUAUGGCAUGGAUCAGACAGCUGAACCUUCAGCUUCGGCUAAUGUAUCACAACCAAAGAAGGAUCUGACAAAGGUUAAGAAACGGGAAAGCUUUAAACCAUACUGUCCCUUCUGUAAAUGCCAAACGCAUUAUCUUAACUCUUGUUCUGACUUUGGGAAACUGACUACAUCACAAAUAACUACCUGGAUAAAGGAUAACAACAGAUGUUGGAAGUGUGGCAGAGGACAUGAGCCUUCUAAAUGUACCCUGAAAAAGCCCUGUUCCUUCUGUAGUGAACAGCAUUUAACAGUUCUUCAUGAAACAGCAGUCACUAUCAACAAGAGCAUUCUUACCAUGAAUACGGUACCCAGAACAAUUUAA